UUUCCCCUGAUAACACUCUUUGUAAUCGAGUUAUGUCACCUGAGUAUGUUGUUACCCAUUUUACUCUUCCUGUUCUUCUUAAAAGAAUUUUCAACCACCCAACAAUGCCAAAGUCGAAGGUACGACAACGAUGGAACAGUUUGCGUCUGCAAUUCUACGUACUGUGACACCAUACCAAGACCCCAAAAAGUCAAACCCCCGCAACUACUACUCUACACCUCGAAUAAAUCCGGUUUACGUUUCCACCAAACGAGUACUACCUUCACUUCUUCCAAAACCAAAAAACAAAUUGUCAUCGACGGUUCAAGACAAUUUCAGACGAUUUUGGGUUGGGGUGGCGCUUUCACCGACUCCACUGGAAUCAACAUCAACUCUUUACCAAAAGGCGCCCAAACCAAUCUGCUAAAGUCGUACUUUUCCGAAGACGGUAUUGAGUACAACUUGUGUCGAGUACCGAUGGGUGGUUCCGAUUUUUCCGUGCGUGCAUACACGUACGACGACGGUCCGCCAGACCCAAGUCUUCUGAACUUUGAAUUGAAAGAGGAAGAUUUUCUCUACAAGGUAAGAAUCGGGAGGAAAUUGUGGCGCUACUGGAGUUUUUUUCAGAUUCCGUAUAUCCAAAAAGCGUCUAAUUUAACAGACGAUUUGUGGUUGUUCGCGACACCAUGGGCGGCUCCAAAGUGGAUGAAAACCAACAACGACUUUGUGAAGCUUGGGUUCAUUCGGAAACCCAUGUUCCAGUCGUGGGCUAACUACUUCGUCAAAUUUUUGGACGAGUACCGAAAACGCGGGAUCAAAUUUUGGGGGGUUACUACGGGGAAUGAGCCCACGAAUGGUUGGCUUUUGUUUGGUGAUUUGGAGGUGGUGGCUUGGCCGGCGUGGUUGAUUGGAGAGUGGAUUGAAAACAAUUUAGGACCCACGAUUCGAUCGUCCAACCACUCAGACAUCAAAAUUAUGGUACUAGAUGACCAGCGAGCCUAUCUUCCUUGGUAUGUAGUCAAGGCUUUGACUAAUAACGUCUCGCGUGGAUAUGUGGACGGAAUUGCGGUUCACUGGUACAUCGAUGAGUACCUACCACCCGUAGUACUCUCCACCACCCACAAAAUUUUCCCCGAUAAAUUUCUCUUGUCGACUGAAGCCAGUAUAACUGACGAUGGAGCCGCAGUGAAACUUGGUUCUUGGAAAAGAGGUGAAAAGUACUCAGUUGAUAUAAUACAGAAUUUACAGAACUGGGUCAGCGGCUGGGUGGACUGGAACAUGGUACUUGAUUUACAAGGGGGUCCCACUUACAUCGAUAACUACCUCGAUUCGCCCAUCAUUGUUAACGUUAAAGCUGGCGAAUUCUACAAACAACCCACAUUUUACCAUUUGGGUCACUUCUCAAAAUUUAUCCCUCGGGGUUCAGUCAGGAUAUAUUCGAAACUGUGUCUCAAAAACGUAAAACACGUGGCGUUCCGCAGGCCCGACAACGGUACUGUUAUCAUUAUUCUAAAUCGCAAUAAAAAGAUCGUACCGCUUACUUUAAAUGACAGCUCCAGAGGAACCGCGCACGUCGAGCUUAGUGAAGAGUCCAUUACAACAAUUGUGUAUUGGUAGUACCCUUGUAAAAGAUUUUAAAAUGUUAAUAUAUAGGAGUAUUAUUUUGAAUAAAAUGAUGUUCUUGAGUACUUAA